CGCUGGAAGCGUGCGGACGUUCGUUGUUUAGAGCAGGACCAUAAAGUCGAGUGGCAAAGUGGCACUUCACAGGAAAAGUUACAAGAACUCAACAACAAUAAGAGAAAUAUUUAAUAAAAAAAAUAAUAGAGGGCACACAACGUGCGGGGGCAAAGUGCAAAUGGUAACGGCAAUUUGCAGACAUUAGUUGCCACACACACGCACACACACUCACAAACGGUCCGGUGAUUAAAGGCUGUGGAAGAAGAGGUGCGAAAAAUGUCACAUUACGAAUACGCAGCGUGUGCCCGAGUUAAAUGGUGAAAUUUAAAAGCUGUUCUAGCUGGAAUUGAAAAUGUUUGUCGUAAAGUUGUUUGGCCACUUAGUAAGCCGAGCACGUAGUGAAUUUUUGUGAUGUGGAUACGGCUCUUUGAUUGUUUUAUUAGCGAUUCCCUUGGACAGCAAUUGAAACGACAGUUUUAGAUGUGAAUAUUUAAAGUUGUGCUGUAUUAGCAUGUAAUAUAUUGAAAAUAUAAUUUAAAUAUUAUCAAGUUAUUUUAAAGUAAAAGUUGAAUGGAAUACAAAUUCAGAUAUAAAGCCAAAACUUUAAUACAAAAUUUGAAAGCGAUUGCUCCGACUUUUGCCAACAGUGCAUUGGAAGGAAGGAGAAGGAUAACUUGAACUGCAAUAAAUAAGAUAUUAACAACAAUAUCAAACUGCUCCUUUGGAAUUUAUAAAAUAAAUAUAUAUAUAUAAAACCAAGAUAGCCAUGAGCCAGAUGCAACUGCAAUCGCAGCGCGUUCGCCGCACUCGACACCAUCGCCGCCAUCAGUCCGCAGAACCGUGCGAGUGCCUACGUCCUGUGAUAAGGGUUUUUGGUCUGCUGACUUCAUUCGUUAUCUGCGGCGUUGGCGUUGAUGUCUACAUGCAUGGCUAUCAGGCCGGUCUUUAUAUAGUUUUUUCAGCUGUGCUGGUAAUGUUUAUUGAGAUCAAGUGGCUCGUGACUAUCUUUCUGCAACUUCAGUGUGCAGAGGAUAAUUACCAGCGGAGGACCUGCAGCUGCUCGGCCUGCUGGCGACUUUCAGCGAUUUGUGGCGGUUGGCGACCCACUCCGGUUUAUGCGGUCAUCGGCAUCUGCCUGAUACUAUAUCCCCACAAUCUGUGGCUGAGUUAUGUGGCCGGGAUGUUCCUGAUACUCCUCGGGCUCCUCAGGCUUUGCACGCUGCUCAGAUUCAGCCCCUCCAAGGAGGAGGGCCUCCUGCCGCAGUGUGACUUUGAAAAGGUCUCGAGCUUUGUGGAUACCAUGGAGGAUGAUUUCGCGGAGGUUGGUGCCUCGCAAGCGGCCUUGGAGGACGAAGCGGAGGAGGAGGGCGAUGACCACCCCGUCAUAGAUGACGAUGUUUGCUAAUAGUUUAAGCCAGCUUUUCUGCCUAAUGUAAUGUGAGAUUUUAAACGAAUUAACAGAUAUCUAUUAAUAUACGGUUUGUAAAAAGGUUUCGAUUUAAACGCUGAGUGCAUGCUAUACUUUUAUUGCUCGUCUUUUAAAAAGUAUUUGGUGUGUUUAAUCAAAGUGUCCUUUUUGGGAAAGACUUAAUACCGAAAUCGCUAUUUAAAUAACAUACCCGCUCUAAUGCCCAAAGUUAACCUAACCUGUCACUCGGACAAUUUUUAAAAAUGUAAUGACUUCUUUUUUUUGCCAAUUUCAACAGAUAUUUCAAAAGAAUUUUGAAAGUUCUUUCUAAGCCACGGGUAUUUAAUAGUCCAUAAACUUUAAUUUAA